AUAAGAACCUCUCCAUCUUCCGCCUCGCUGCAAAGCAAAGAAGUGAAAAUCGCUGCUCGGAUAUCUUCACUUAGAGCUUGUUCUGGUCGCCCCGGGAGGCUGAGCCCACCCUGCUCUGCGAGAUUGCGCAAUAACCGGCUUUCCAAAUGAGUGACGGCGAGUGCGACUUCUUCUGCUUCUUCCGCUGCUGCUGAGCGCGGUUCAUAUGCGCCUCAGACAGACGGACAGGAAGGCAGGCUGUUCCUUCACAGUGACGCCAGCCGGAAAGGUGGUGGGGAGAAAAGAGGCUCGGAGCUUUGGUCAAGUCAUUUCACCUAUAUUUGGACCGUUUGGAUCCGACAGGUAGGCGGGUUGUCUACCUGUCCGGGUGAUUGAUUCGGUCGAGUGGAUGUCUGUGGACAUGAACAGCCAGGCGUCGGACAGUAAUGAGGAAGACUUCGGGGUGAACUCUGAAGAGGAGGACGAUGAUGAUGAUGGAGGAGAAGAGGAGGAGUAUCAGGUUGACAUUGCAUCCUAUUACGAAGGAGUGGCCAGUGACGUGGAACAACAGGGUGCGGACUCCUUCGACCCGGAGGAGUACCAGUUCACCUGUCUGACGUACAAAGAGAGUCAACGGGUGCUGGCGGACGAAGUAAACGCGGUGGCUGGUGCUCUGAAAGUUUUACCAUCAGUAGCAAAACUGAUCUUGGUGCAUUUUCAUUGGCAACUUUCACAAAUUCUGGACAGAUAUAAGUCCAACUCCUCUCUGCUCAUGUCUGAUGCUAUGGUGCAGCCCAGCACCGCCUGCAGAUUAGUCACUGCCCCUCAGUCCUUCCAGUGUGGUGUGUGUCUACAGGUCGUAAGGAAAGAGUCCUUGCUGGCAUUGCCCUGUCAGCACUACUUCUGCAAAGCAUGCUGGGAGCAGCACUGCACCGUACUGGUCAAAGAUGGCCUGGGAGUUGGUAUCUCAUGUAUGGCUCAGGACUGCUCCCUGCAGAUGCCAGAGGACUUUGUCCUGCCACUGCUGCCGGCAGAGGAGCUGAAAGACAAAUACAGACGCUACCUCUUCAGAGACUAUGUCGAGAGUCACUUCCAGUUGCAGUUGUGUCCGGGUGCAGACUGUCCCAUUGUGAUCAAGGUGCAGGAGCCCCGUGCACGCAGAGUGCAGUGUAGCCGCUGCGGGGAAGUCUUCUGUUUUAAAUGCCGUCAGAUGUAUCACGCACCCACAGACUGUGCAACAAUUCGGAAAUGGCUGACCAAAUGUGCAGACGACUCAGAGACGGCAAACUACAUCAGCGCACACACUAAAGAUUGUCCGAAGUGCAAUAUUUGCAUUGAGAAGAACGGAGGGUGCAAUCACAUGCAAUGCUCCAAGUGUAAACACGACUUCUGCUGGAUGUGUCUUGGAGACUGGAAGACUCAUGGCAGUGAAUACUACGAGUGCAGUCGCUACAAGGAAAACCCUGAUAUAGUCAACCAGAGCCAGCAGGCUCAGGCCAGAGAGGCCCUCAAGAAAUACCUCUUCUACUUUGAGAGGUGGGAGAAUCACAACAAGUCUUUGCAGUUGGAGGCUCAGACAUACCAGAGGAUCCAAGAGAAGAUCCAGGAGAGGGUAAUGAACAAUUUGGGAACCUGGAUCGACUGGCAGUACCUGCAUAAUGCUGCAAAGCUCCUGGCUAAGUGUCGCUACACACUUCAAUAUACCUAUCCUUACGCCUAUUACAUGGAGUCUGGUCCACGUAAGAAACUGGUGAGGGCGAGAAAAGAAACAAACCUUAUUUCCUUGUUUGAGUACCAACAGGCACAACUGGAAGCAGAGAUUGAAAACCUGUCGUGGAAGGUGGAGCGGGCCGACAGCUAUGAGAAGGCAGUAGUGGGAGGCGAGGGGGAGCUCAGCGCCAGCGACAGAGGGGAUCUGGAGAACCAGAUGCACAUCGCUGAGCAGAGGCGGCGUACACUGCUGAAGGAUUUCCACGACACUUGAGGCUCCAAUCACGACUGCGAAGCACCAGCAUCUCCCUCCUUCCUUUCUUCCUUGCCUACUACCUUCACUUCCUUCCACGACCAUCCCUCGGUGCAGCCAUACUGGCCCAUCUCUUUGCUUCUUCACUCUCGCCCAUUUGCUUUUUUGACCUUUCCCUCGUCUCACUCAUGAAGCUGCAGGGUUACAGAAUGUCAUGAUUAUAUCGUUCCCUCCUUGUUUCAUCGUCGCCUCAUUUACAUGUUUUGGGUUUUAAAGCAUCACUCUCAUUGUGGUUACACUUGUUUCAGCUUUUCAGAUCUGAUCGUGUAGGUCAAAGUUUGAAGUCUUGCAUCUGAAAAAAAGAGUGCGUUUUCCUUGGAUUUCAUAGGCUGAUAUAAGCAAUUUAAAAGUAUCAGUUUGCCUCAUUGAGACUUUGAGAAUCAGAUGUUAUUUAUUCUUUGAAGUUACCCUUGACAGGGCACUUAUCCUAUGAAGAAAAACAUCUGGAGGGUAAAACUAAUGAGGAUGGAGAAGCUUGUGGUAUUAAGUAGAUGUGGGAGAUUUCUUUAAGGAGAUUGUGAUGACAGCAUGGAAUUGAGACUGCAUUUCUUUCCAUCUCCUGUGCUGCAAAAGAUUUAUGGGAAUUAAUAAAAUAAUUGCCACAGAGGUGGAAUAGUUGUUUUUUUGAAGGUUGUUUGAAGAUAUUUGCUUAGAGCAGCUGUUGCAGAUCUUGAUCUGUGGCAGCAAAGUGAUAUUUGUAAAUGAGGGAUGCUCGUCACUGAUACAGCGCCGGCUCUGUUUUUAUGAACUAUCAACCAGACCAGGCACAGUUUAACAUAAUUACAACAUUAUUAGAGUAUGGAGAUCAUUCAAGUAAAAGCUGUUUGUUCUGUUUUUAAUAUAUAACCAGGUAUAGAAAUGGAUCUGAUGUAUUUGCUGUUAAAAAUGGUGACCUCAUAGUCCCUUAUACUCCUCGUCAUUAAACCAAAAGUAAAUUAGUUAUCCUUCCUUCCUUCCUGAUCCUGUAUGGAAGAGUUAAAAAGUAGGAUGAAUGUGUGUUUGUUGAGAUGGCAGCUGCUUUAGGUUUGGUUGCUGCUGUUUUACAGCAACAACUUGUCCCUUUGCUUAGUGUCCGGCCAGACCUGGAGGCGCUCCUGCAACUGCUUGCAGCAAAUUAUCAUUUAAGGCUAAAGUAAAACUACUGAACUGGUCUUGUUUCUUUGUUUUGGUCCGAUACUGAUAUAGCUGCUCGGUUGUGUUGAGCUAACGCAGAUCCAAGCCCGACUGAGCCUUGUCGAUUUUGAAAUCCGACAUUGGCGCCUCCACUGAUCAGACGAUGAAGUUGUUUUUGAUGCAGCAAGUGUAAUCCCAUCCAUUCACACAGCACAGCCCCCCCCACUGACAUCGGCAUGGCAUGUACACGCCAACACACGUGCCCAAACACUCCACAGCAGAAAACAAGUGUUAACUGUUAAUUUGUUUCAUCCCUCCAUCUUGUGUGUCUCCAUCUUUUUUUUUUUUUUUGGCUCCUUGUUUUCUCUUUUCCUCAAGCUUAUAUCGUUCACUUUUCUUCUGGAAAAUGGCUGUUGAUAGAUCAUUUCAAAAAAAAAAGAAAAAAAAACAAGAAAAAUUCCCCAAAAAAAGCUGUAAUUUUCAAUGGUUGUACAUUAAUACAGAAAUAGAGUUACUGAGAGUUUUUAAAACUGG